GUGUCGAUUUCUUCAUGUCGACAAUAUUUUGCUCUUACCAUAACAUUCUUGCCAGUUGUUCUAAUCUCACUCAAGGCCAACUCAGACUGCAGUUCCCUUUCGUGACAGACACGUGUCAGUCACCAACGAAAUAUCUUGACAAGCUCGUGAAGAACCCCGAAAGCAGAAGAUUCUAAACUACCUGAAAUUUUCAUCCCCGAAAAACUAAUUAGCUGAGAAAAACUUGCAGUUUUAAAGUUGGAGUAACUGAAAGAAAAUGGAGGGAGAGGGGGAAGGAGCAGCGAGAGAGCGAUCAACUUCACCAACUAGAGCCCGACCCGGAUGCGACCCGUUCCUGGUGACUUGUAGAGUGUUCGGCUUUGUUACUGCCUUGGCUGCUAUUCUCUGCGUUGCUGUUAAUGUUUACUCUGCCGUGAGAUCAUUUAUGCAUGGUUAUGACGUAUUUGAUGGAAUUUUCCGCUGUUAUGCCGUUUUGAUUGCAAUUGUUGUGGUCGUUGCGGAGACCGAGUGGAGCUUUUUCAUAAAGUUCUGGAAGGUGUUGGAGUUUUUAGCUGGAAGGGGCAUGCUACAGAUCUUCGUUGGAGUGAUGACCAGAGCUUAUCCUGAAGUAUAUGGGCAAAGGAAUGACCUCAUUCUUUUCCAGAACAUAGCUAGCUACUUUCUUAUUGCCUGUGGAGCAGUUAACAUUAUAUCAGGAUUGUUGUGCUUUGGAUUUAUCAAACGUGCGCGCCAGGUGAAAGAAGUCUCCAGGGAGCAAGCGAUUCAGGAUCAGCAGGAAUCGGAGCGUCGUAGAGAAGAGCUUGAAGCACUGUUGAUACAAGAGAGGGCUUGAGAACAUUUUCAAAUUUCUCAUAUGUAAAAAUAAAAAUGUCUUUUGAAGACAUACUAUAAGAUUUUAAAAUAAAUACAUGAACUGCUACAAAGUCAGUUGACUCUAUUCUGAUACUUCUGAAAUUGAUUAGUGAUGACUGGCAUGCAUAUUACGUAGAACCCAAAGAAACACUUUAAGAAACUGCCAAUAUAUCAUUUAUAUAAUUCCCAAAGAAUGGUGUUAUACCUACAUUGUUAAUUGUGGUCGAAUGUUGGCCCGUCAAGAACACACAUGUUCAGAAGAUGAAGGUAGCAGAGAUAAGGAUGCUCAGAUGCAUGGAUGUGCAGACAUACUUGGAGAGACAAAAUUAAGAACAAGGUUAUAUAGAACAACAAUGUGAGAGUAACAGCUUCGUGGCGAACAAGACAAGGGAAGUGAUGUUGAGGUGGUUCGCGCAUGUGAAGCGGAGAUGCAUUUGAGGCACCAGAAAAGAAGUAUGACAGUUUGGCUAUAGCAGGUUUUAAGAGAGGUAGAGAUAAGCCAAGAAAGAAUUAGGGGAGGUGAUUAGAUAGGAUAUGACACAUCUUCAGAAGGACAUGAUCCUGGAUAGGAAGGUCUGUAGGUUGAGGGUUUGGCAGCUAUGUUGUGUACUACUUUGUACUACUUUUACAAGAGAGAGGCAAGUAGCUCGUCUCCUCUUCUCAUCUUCUCCUUAUUUAUAUUGUAGUCUUACCUAAUAGUAACAUAGUAUCUUAUUCUUUGCUUUGUUUA